AUGUCAUCCAACCGAAUCCUGAAAUAUUUCAACAAAAACCUCGCCCUAGCUUUCGGUGUGAUCGCCAUCUCGACAUUGAACUAUGGAUUUGACAACGCAGGGUACGCCACAGCACAGGCGAUGGAAGCAUUCCAACACCAGUUCGGAGAGCUUGACCUCAAGACCGGCCGAUAUCGCUUACCUACCGUCUGGCUUUCGCUCUUUAACAGCUUAAAUUUUAUUGGGUUCGCAGCUGGCGUUGCUAUUGGCAGCAUGGUGAGCCAUCAGUGGGGCCGACGAUGGUGUAUGUUCAGUAUGAGUGCCUGGGCUUUGAUACCAGCAACCAUAGCCAUCACCUCAUCAAGGCGGGAACAAAUUAUGGCAGCUCGAGUUCUUAAUUAUAUAUAUACCGGGAUGGAGCUGGCGGUGGUACCAGUUUAUCAGUCCGAGAUCAUGCCAUCAGCCAUUCGAGGGUUUUCUGUUGGAUCGUACCAACUGAGUUUAAUGUCUGGCACUCUCAUCAUAAAUUGUAUAUGCAGAGGUACGAGCGAGCUGAGUGGGAAUGCGUCUUGGAAAAUUCCUCUCGGCUUAUACUACGUCGUUCCGACCAUAGUCAUGGUCAUGAUCUUCAAGAUUCCCGAGUCACCUCGCUGGCUUUUAACAAAGGGUCGAGUUGAACAAGCUCGAGAGUCGCUGAGCAAGCUUGGAGGGGAGAAACUGGGUGCCAAUGAGAUCGAAACACAUCUGUCUGCUCUCCAGUAUGCUUUGACACUAGAAAGUGAGAAGGGAAAUUACAUGGAGCUAUUCAAGGGUGUCAACAUUAAGAGAACCGCAAUCGUACUGGGAAUGAACUUUUUCCAGAUGGCUACUGGUCAAGCAUUUAUUUCAACGUACGGUGCUAUCUUCAUUCGCGGCCUUGGAGGCGUCAAUCCUUUCAACAUGACGGUCAUAAUUUCAAUCUGCAACAUUGUUGUCGUUUGCGUGGCUCUAUAUUUCAACGAUCGCGUUGGACGACGACCACUCCUAAUGAUCGGAACCGUGUGGCAGUUUGUCGCCAUCAUCAUUCUAGGCUCGCUUGGAACAAUUUCGGAACCCUCUUCCCAGGCUGUGAAGAUCGCGGUGGUCUCCAUGAUGACAAUCUUUUCAACGGGCUACGUCUUUGCUUGGGCACCGCUUACAUUCGUUGUAACAACCGAAGUCCCCGCCCUCCGCCUUCGCGAUGCAUCUCAACGGACGGGGUCGAUUGUUAACGUCAUCACAAACUUCGUCGUUUCGUUUACCAUUCCAUACCUCCUUUACGAGCCAUACGCUGCCUUGGGUUCCAAAGUUGGCUUCAUUUUUGGUGGUAAUCUGGUGUUAGCCUUCAUUUUCACAUACUAUUGUGUUCCGGAAUGCAAGGGCAAGUCCUUGGAACAGAUCGACCUCUUGUUCAAUCAGUGCGUGCCACUGAGAAGCUUUGGGAAAAGCCCAAACUUUGACCAGGUGGAGGAGAGCUUGGACGAACAAAAAGAAAAUACUGGAAAAGGGGGGGUAGCAAAACACGAGGAAGGGGUCUAG